AUGGGAAUUACUGGUCUUGAUCUACUCGAUUCGAUGGCUCCACAUAUUCCAUUUAUACCAAUUAAUUAUGAUUUAGCUAACAAAUGCUAUAUUAUUAUCUUUGAUCCUACUGACGCAAAAAAUGCUCACAUGGGCAUAUUAAUCGACUUGGCUGGUAUGUCAACUGAUACUGAAAUUGCUGGUAUACUGAUUCAUGCAAUUGCUAAUACUCAUGAUAAACAAGUUCCACAUUCAACUGAUUUUGACUUUCGUCCAUGGACGAAAACCAAGUCCGAAGUAGUAUUCAAAUAUGUAAGCGAACUUCAUGAAAGCAAAUACUUGGGCGGUAAUAAUAAUAUUCAACUACCAUGUUAUCUAGUAUCUCCAGCUAUUCCAGCUAAUAUUCAUGAAUUUAUCGCCAAUCCAAUGACGCCAAUAAUUCUGAAACAAACUUUCUUACAUAGUCUGGGAUCUUACACAUAUUUUCAUAUGGCAUCACAGUAUCAACCGAUCUGGAGCAGUAGUUUAGCUUGGCCUGAAGAUAUUGCAAUUGCUGGUGGUAUUUUACCAGUAGCGAUCGAUAUUAGUAUAUUAUAUAUGUCAUCAAAUGACAAAGUAAAAACAAAAAAAAAGCAAAAACAAGAGAAAAAAACAUGA